AUGGCUAGCCGGGGAGCGAAAAACCUCAUCCUCCUCUCCCGCAGCGGUGCCACAAGGGACUCAGCAAAGGAACUGCUUCGUGAUCUCGAAGAUCUCGGCGUGCGAGUGGCAACCCCCCGUUGCGAUGUGUCAGACCGCACCUCGUUGAGACACGCGCUGAACGAGUGUUCUGCAGCGGGUAUGCCCCCGGUCAAGGGCUGCAUCCAAGGAGCCAUGAGGACUAUUACACGGCCCUCAAACCUAAACUCGACGGCUCCUGGAAUCUCCAUAGCGAACUCCCCAAGGACCUGGAUUUCUUCAUCCUCCUUUCCUCCAAUCUCCACCAUUGUCGGCAACCGCGGUCAAUCCAACUACAAUAUGGGCAACUCCUUCCAGGACGCUCUGGCCCGCUAUCGCGUCUUGAAUGGCCUGAAGGCCACCGCUCUGGAUCUGGGAAUGGUCCUCUCCGUCGGCUAUGUGGCCGAGAACGACUCGGAUCUCAUCAACCAUCUACGCGACGUAGGGGUAGAGCCCAUGCGCGAAGAGGAAUUCCUAUCCAUCCUCGAUGAACUCUGCAACCCCAACCAGCCAGCCACCAUCCCGCUGACUAAGUCCCAGAUCUCCCUCGGCCUCCAAAUGCCCGAAACUCGUGUCGCAACGGGAGCUGAAGAACCAGGCUGGAUGCGUGACCCGCUCUUCCGCCACCUAUACCGGAUCCGCACGCUCGAGGGCGCGGCUGAGUCGGACGAGAGGAGCGUGAAUUACGCUUUACUGUUAGCGGGCGCGGAUAACUUCGAGGAGGCCAGUGGGAUUGUGUACGAAGCGAUGGUGAGCAAGCUGGUCAAGGCGCUGAAUAUAUCGCAAGGGGAUGUUGAUCCUUCAAAGCCGCUCCAUGCGCUGGGCGUGGACUCUUUGGUGGCAGUCGAGUUAAGGACCUGGAUGCUCAAGCAGCUUGAUGCUGAUGUUGCGGUGUUUGAUCUUAUGGAAGUGGCUAGUUUGAGAGCUCUUGCAAGCUUGAUUGCUACCAGGAGCGGUUAUGUGAAGAAGGAUAAUGGGAAGGAGAAGUAA